AUGAAUAUUAACACCACGAACAUUAACAACGAUAAUAUUCACGACAGCAACCCUACGUCCCCAACCAUGAGCAUCAAUAAUCUUAUUAGUCCUAGCAAUUCGAACAAUAAUAACACAAAUCAUAACAUGAGUAACAAUACAGACAUUGGAACAAACACGACAAACCUGAUGGGUAGUCCACCACGUCGUCCAAGUAAUAGUCCUCAAUUCCUAGACCCUCUAGCCACACCACGUUCUUUUCUUCGUAAUAAUAGUACCUCUGCUACGCCCAGUCUUAUAGCCACGCCACCUCCACCUUUUAAAUAUCCACUUCCUCUUACAAACAGUCAAAAUAAUAAAGACAAUGUUCAGAAUGCUAACGUCAGUGGGAAUGCUGACAAUAUUUUUGUUGGUUCACCCAUGCUUACGAAUUCUCCAUAUUAUGACGCUAGAACAAGCAUGGCCAGCACUGUUUCUAGUGCUGCAAAUCUCAAGUUGGAUGAUAAAUUAAGGUAUUGGAGGCAUGAUGCUUAUUUGAAGAAUUUGUAUGAAACUGCAGCGUUUUGGGGGAAUAAAGUUAUGACCAUUACGGGCGAUUCAAGUGAUAUAUUUUGGUUAGCACAAAUAUAUUAUAAUAUGGGACAAUAUGUUAGAGCUCAAAAAUUAAUCUGGAAACUAAUGGAUACUAGUGUCGCUUGUAGAUUUUUAGCUGCAAAGUGUUGCAUCAAACAGGAAAAAUAUCAGGAAGCAUUAGAACUUUUAGGUGAAGAGAACCCUUUUGUUGAUGAUGGCUAUAGAUUAAUAGUAAAAAAUACGGAAGGAGGCAUUCAGCUCGAAGCGUCUAUGUGUUAUCUACGCGGUUAUGCAUUCUCCCAACAAGCCAAUCUUGACUGUGCAAAAAGAUGCUUCAAGGAGGCAUUAGAAUUGGAUGUAAAAUGCUAUGAGGCAUUCCAUGAAUUGAUCGGGAAUCACAUGAUGACAGCAAACGAAGAAUGGGACUUUAUUACUAAAUUAAAGUAUGAUGAACAACUGGACAGGGAGGAAGCGGAAUUCGUGAAAAUGAACUACAUAUCAAUGCUCAACAAGUAUGAGCAUCUUCCGGAAAUCAAAGCAGCACGACAUGAAUUGGAGUCUUGGCGAUUAUCAAAUAAUGUCGAUGUGUUAUUAAGUCACGCGGAAGAGUUGUAUACGCAGUGUAGAUUCAAAGAGUGCUUUGAAAUUACAUCAAAGAUUCUUGAAUCCGAUACUCACAAUCCAAAGUGUCUUCCAAUCCAUAUUGUUUGUCUUCAUGAAUUGCGGGAGAAGAAUAAAUUAUUUUUAUUAGCCCAUGAACUUGUGGAACAUUCGCCGGAUAUGCCGGUAACAUGGUUCGGAGUUGGAUGUUAUAACUAUUUAGUAGGAAAAAAUGAUGAGGCUAGAAGAUAUUUUAGCAAGGCAUCGACUAUGGAUUCACAUUACGGGCCCGCAUGGAUAGGAUUUGGUCAUUCAUUCGCUGUGGAAUCAGAGCAUGACCAGGCCAUAACAGCUUAUUCCACGGCAGCAAAAUUAUAUGAAGGUUCACAUAUCCCAAGUCUCUUCAUUGGUAUGCAACAUCUUCAAGCAAAUAAUAUUUUGUCUGCUGAUGAAUAUUUGUCAACAAGCUCCAAACUUUGUGAAGGAGACCCCUUAGUGUAUAACGAAUUGGGUGUAAUGUUUUAUCAAAAGUCCAAAUAUGCUGAUGCUAUUGAUAAUUUUAGGAGAGCUUUAAUAUUAGUAGAUGAGACUAAAUGUAGGCCACAGAUAUGGGAAACUACUUGGAUGAAUCUUGGACACGCAUUUAAAAGGAUGGGGCAAGUCGAUCUGGAUGCUGCUAUUAAUUACUUUCAGAAGGUUACAACUAUGACCACACCAAGUCCAAGCGCACUAACAGCUAUCGGGUACUGUUAUCACGUGAAAGAAGAAUACGAAGAAGCGAUCCUGUAUUAUCACGAGGAUUUACUUGAACGUUGUCUCGAGGAGAUGAUACUUUUUGUAAAUGAAGAAAAAGAAAAUGAGAGAGUGUAA